AGCGCGAGAAGCUAGCCGAUCUUUGAACUCAGCCGUCCUCCACACCUGCAAAACCAAAGGAAUUGAGCAAGGAAGUACGUAGCUAGGCAGAUAUCAUCGGAGGCACGCACGCACGCACGAUGGCCACCAUCUCUUCUUGCAGCCGCCUGUGCGGCGGCGGCGGCGGCAGCAGCACCGCCUUCCACCGCCGCCGCAGCCGGCCCGCGCGGGCCGCGCGGGCCGCCGUCGUCACCUGCCGGAGGUUCUCGGCCGUCGUCCGCGCGGCCGCGGCCGCCUCUGCCACCGCCGCGGCGCCCGUGUCCGUCGUGCCACAGAGCAAGGAGGUGAAGCUUCCGACGUGGGCGGAGUUCGAGCUGGGGAAGGCGCCGGUGUACUGGAAGACCACCAACGGCCUUCCUCCAGCCCCGGGAGAGGGCCUGAAGAUAUUCUACAACCCAGGGACGAGCAAGCUGACACCCAACGAGCAGUUCGGCAUCGCGUUUAACGGGGGCUUUAACCAGCCGAUCAUGUGCGGCGGCGAGCCGAGGCAGAUGACGCUGCAGGAGAGGGGGAAAGCCUGCCCCCCCAUCUACACCAUCAGGAUCCGGGUGCCGCAGCAUGCCAUGUCUCUGGUUUUCUCCUUCACCAACGGAAAUGAAUGGGACGGGGCAUACACCCUCAAGUUCAAGGUUCCCAAGCCAUGGCUCGACAAGCCUCUGAGCUUCUUCAACGAGGGGCUGGCUGACGAGCUCAACAUGGAGGGCGCCUGCGACAGGGCCAUCUUCCCGGAUGAGAACAUCGUCAUCACAAGCUGCGACAUCGGCGGCUUCUACGAGGAGGGGGGAGACCGGUGCAAGCUGGACAUCGUGAGCGGGUGCAUGGACCCGACCUCGCACAUGUUCGACCCGCUGGCCACCAUCGACGACGGCUCCUGCCCGCUGGACUCUGAUACGGAGGAGUGACCACCACCAAGACGACAUGAGCAGCAGCUUCACAAUAUGUACUCAUAAGACGAGGAGAGGAGAGCCACAAUUGGUCGAUGUGCGCGCCCUCCUCUCUCGUUUAUAUACUUGUAAAAAGGGAAUGGUUGUGAUACGAUUAAAGGAAGAAGGAUAGUACGACAGUGCGCACUAGGUGGACACGAGCGUUUCGCUGGAAACAUGGAUGCAUGACAUGUGCUGAUUCUAUCUCUGAAACAAAUGUACAUGGAAGGAAAAACAGCAUAGUACCUGUUUUGUAA